AACCGAUCAUGGUUUAACACUACACACCAAGGCCAGCCGCGGCAACCAACCAAUCGGCACCUUAGCAAGUGAGACGCGCGCGCGGGCAACUUGAAACAAACACGUCGUCGUCAUGGCACCUGCGGCCAAUGGCGCGGACGACCAUGAGCUGCCACUCUUCCACCCGUCCCCGUGCGCGCACUACUACGUGCAGAGUCCCUCCGCGGCGUCGCACACGCUCAGCCACCCGGCGUCCGACUCCAUGGCGCUCAUCCUCUCCCCCUUCCCGAACCUCCACCACGACGCGGACGCCCGGCGCCAUUCCAGCGACGGCCGCGAUCACGACCACGACCACGACCACGAGGAGGCCUCGCGCCUGACCCUGUCCCGCUACUCCUCCUCCCGCGGAUCCAACAGCUCCUUCCCGGUCGGCGACAAGAAGCCCGGACGCCGGCGGCAGGUCCUGCGGGUGGUGUCGGGGCGGUCGUCAGGCCACCACGGCGACGGCGGCGACGAGGACGAGGACGGCGAGGCCCAGAGGAGCGGGGCGUGGAGGUACGUGAAACUGGACCCGGAGGCCCCCUGCUGCUGCAUCGCGUUCCAGGUGGCGUGGAGGGUGGCGGCCAGCGCGGCGUUGGCGCUGCUCGUCUUCGUCCUGGCCACAAGGCCACGGCACCCCCAGGUGUCCUUCAGCGUCGGCAAGGUCCAGCGGUUCGCGCUGGGGGAAGGGCUGGACGGGUCGGGCGUGGAGACCAGCUUCCUCAACUGCAACUCCUCCGUCGACAUGGUGAUCGACAACUACUCCAAGGUCUUCACGCUGCGCGUCGCCCCGCCGCAGCUCGACAUGUCCUUCGGCCGAUUCGUCUUCGCCAUCUCACAGGGAGACGGCUGGUCACACGACGUCGGGCCACGCGGCACUUCGACGGUGAGGCUCUUCGUGGCGGCGCAGGACAAGCCCAUGUACGCGGCGGGACGCGGCAUGCAGGACCUGCUGGACUCCAGCCACGGCCUGCCACUCACCAUCACGGUCAAAGCGCGGUCCCGGUACCGAGUGGUGGGGAGCCUGGUCCGGCUGACGUACCGCCACGACUCCCAGUGCGUCGUGCUCCUCAGAAGGACGCCCAGCAGGAGCAACGGCAUUAGCGUCGCUGCCGGCAAGGCCACGACCACCUGCUCUGCCUUAAGCUAGAGUGCCCGAAAGACGCCGGUGUCUCUUCUGCGGUUCUGCCGAUGUAUCCGGAAUUUUUAGACGUGCCUGAUUUUACACGGUGGUGGGCUUAAUUACAGAAGGCUAUGAAGCCGCCAUACAUAUUACCUCCUUAUAGAUACACAAAUGAAACCGAACGUGGUUUAGUGAUUGUGAUGAA